UGACACAAACACAACCAACUUAGUAGUCAAUUUUCUAUAGUCAACUCAAACAUAGCCGCCAGCCACUGAUCUUCUUCUCAUCUAAAAAGACACCUUCCUUAAUCAAACACAACAACAUUUUCAACUUUCAACACAAAACCAUGUCUCUCCCAAUCCUCAAUUUCUUCAUCUUCUUGUUUUACCUCUCAAAUCUUCAACCUUCAAUUUCCCAACUAACAUUCAAUUCCUUCAAUAUCUCACACUCACCAUGGCUUCCAUCACAAAACAAAACAUUAAUUUCUCCAAAUUCCAACUUCAAAGCUGGUUUUUUCCCAAUACCAAAUUCACCAAAUUUCUUCACUUUCUCAAUUUGGUUCUCAAAAAUCCCUCAAUCUUCAAACCCUCUUAUUUGGAGCAUCUCAACAAAACUCAACUCAUCUUCAUCCCUCAUCAUAACCCAAAAAGGUGAUCUUUUACUCAACAAUGUUUCAUUUGUUAACAAUUCCAAUUCAACCCAACUUGUUCUUCAUGAUAAUGGAUACCUUGUUUUUGGAAAUUGGUUUAGUUUUUCAAAUCCAACUAAUACCAUUUUACCAACCCAAAACAUUAGUGACAUUGAAAUUGUUUCAAGUAAUCAAAAAUUCAAGUUUGUUGAUUCUCAAAAUUUGAUCUUGAAUGAUAAUUCAUCUGUUAAUUCAUCUGCUAAAUACUAUAGUACACCAAGCCCUUUGUUGUUUAUGGAUGAUGUUGGAAAAAUGACUAUGCUAGCUAACUCUUUUCUUACUUCUGAUUAUGGUGAUUCUAGGUUUAGAAAACUUGUUCUUGAUGAUGAUGGAAAUUUAAGAAUUUAUAGUUUUUAUCCUGAACAAAAAAAUACAUGGGUUGUUGUUUGGUUAGGAAUUUGGGAAAUGUGUAAAGUCAAAGGAAAAUGUGGACCUAAUUCAAUUUGUAUGCCAAGAGAAGAUUUUUAUAAUUCAACUUUUUGUAUUUGUCCUUCUGGAUUUGAGUCUGUUGAAGGUGGAAGUGAAAAGGGUUGUAAGCGAAAAAUUCCACUUUCGAGUAAUACUCAUUUUCUUAGGCUUGAUUAUGUAAACUAUACAAGUAGUGGUUCUAUGAAUCAAAUCCUUGCUUUUAACUAUACAAUUUGUGAAUCAAGUUGUAGAAGAAAUUCGAGCUGUCUUGGAUUUGGAUUCAAGUACGAUGGAUCGGGUUAUUGUGUGUUGUUACAUGGAAAACAGCUUCAAUAUGGUUAUUGGUCGCCGGGGACUGAACUUGCUUUGUUUUUGAAACUUGAUCAAAAGGAAUCAGAAGCUUCUAAUUUCAUCGGUAUGACAGAAGUUAUGCAAACAACUUGUCCGGUUAGGAUAAGUUUGCCUUUACCGCCGAAGGAUUCGAACACUACCACUAGAAAUAUUGUGAUUAUUUGCACGCUUUUUGCGGCUGAACUUAUUGCUGGUGUGGCGUUCUUUUGGUCUUUCCUUAAGAGGUAUAUCAAAUAUAGGGACAUGGCUACAACGUUGGGGCUUGAACUUUUACCUGCAGGUGGUCCGAAAAGGUUUACCUACUCGGAGAUCAAAGCUGCUACUAAUGAUUUCUCGAAUCUUAUUGGGAAAGGUGGAUUUGGAGAUGUUUACAAAGGUGAGUUGCCAGAUCAUCGUGUUGUUGCGGUGAAGUGCUUAAAGAAUGUUACUGGUGGUGAUGCAGAAUUUUGGGCGGAAGUUACCAUCAUUGCGAGGAUGCAUCAUCUUAACUUGGUUCGAUUAUGGGGCUUCUGCGCCGAGAAAGGUCAAAGGAUACUUGUUUAUGAAUACAUCCCGGGUGGAUCGUUGGAUAAGUAUCUCUUCAGAGUCAAAUCUAAAAAGGGUAGCGGUGAAUCUGAAUCUGAUAUAAGUCAUGAUACUAGUUCCAAUCCAAGUAUCUUAGAGAAACCUGUUUUGGAUUGGAACAUGAGGUAUAGAAUAGCUCUUGGUAUGGCAAGGGCUAUUGCAUAUCUACAUGAGGAGUGUUUAGAAUGGGUUUUGCAUUGUGAUAUAAAGCCAGAAAACAUUCUCUUAGGUGAUGAUUGUUGCCCUAAGAUAUCCGAUUUUGGAUUGGCGAAACUAAGGAAAAAAGAAGACAUGGUGACUAUGUCAAGAAGGAGAGGAACUCCUGGUUAUAUGGCACCGGAAUGGAUAACAGCAGAUCCAAUAACUUCAAAAGCUGAUGUUUAUAGUUUUGGUAUGGUGUUGUUAGAGCUUGUGAGUGGAGUGAGGAACUUCGAGAUUCAAGGCUCUGUGGCGAGGAGCGAUGAAUGGUAUUUCCCUGGUUGGGCUUUUGAUAAGAUGUUUAAGGAAAUGAGAGUUGAAGAAAUUCUUGAUAGUCAAAUUUGUCAUGCUUAUGAUAGUAAAGCACAUUUUCAAUUGGUUAAUAGAAUGGUGAAGACUGCAAUGUGGUGUUUGCAAGAUAGGCCUGAAUCAAGGCCAACAAUGGGAAAGGUGGCUAAGAUGAUAGAAGGGACUGUUGAGAUCAUGGACCCUAAGAAACCAACUGUUUUCUUCCUUGGUGAAGAGUAGAUUUUGAUUUUUUUGUCAUGAUGUUAUAUAAGCAAGUCCAAUGUAGUAUUGACAUUUCAGAUAGAUGGUGUGUCCGACACUGACACAUGUAGUUACAUUAGUUACUUUUAUUUUCUUAAAUUAUUACCGAUGUAUUAGUGUCCGGUGUUUGUGUUUGCGCUAGUGUUUCAUAGUGCAUGCGUUUCUUGUUUAUUCCUUUGUAGUCCCUCCACCAAUAAAUUUGGUGAUGAAUGUAAAAACUUUCGUUACCUUGAA